AUGGACCUUGCCCUGAUGACAGCUUUACUAGAGCAUUGGCGGCCGGAGACCCACUCAUUCCACUUGCGCACGGGUGAGUGGAUUGUGACUUUACAGGACGUGGAGGUUUUGGUUGGGCUACCUAUUGAUGGUGAACCUGUAAUCGAGACAACCAAUGAAGACUGGGGUCCAUUGUGUCGAUGGUUGUUGGGGAUUGUGCCGGAACCUAACGUUGAUAGAAAAGGUGGUAAAGUAAUGAUCGGAAAAAAAACAAUUGAUUCGUUCUAUAGGAAGACAGGUUCUCAAAACGUUGAAGAUUGUGCAAACUCGGAACCUUCAACACAUAUUGGUGAAACCUCAAUUGUUGAACCCGAAUAUCGCCCUAUUAAAAGUCCUAGAGUUGAAGUGCAAGAAUUUGAUAAAUCUACUUUGGUAAGGGAUCCAGCAUUACGAGAACCAAUAUUGAAGCUUCCAACAUCGAGGCAUGAUAAGGUUAUUCGGGCUUAUCUUGAAGUUGGGCCAUAUCAACCUGAACUUCCGAGUGCUCAAUUUCUUAAAGAUAAGAAUGGUCGUCGCUUUCUAACUUUGUGGUAUAAGUUGUUCCCAAAUUGGUUGGAAUAUUCUCCAACAAAACAUUGUGCCUUCUGCCUUCCAUUCUAUCUUUUUUCAGAAAAGAAUCGUUAUGGAUCUAAUGCUUUCACUGUUCAUGGAUUUUCUACCUGGAAGAAAGUGAAUGAUGGCAAGAAAUGUGCUUUUCUAGCUCAUGUGGGAAAAAAUCUUAAUUCCUCUCAUAGACGUGCUAUUAGUCAGCGUAGAGAUUUAUUGAAUCAAAACAUACAUUUGGAGAAAAUUGUUGAGCAACAAACUUCUGUUCAAGUUGCAAGAAAUCAAUUGCAUUUGAAGACCACAAUAGAUUCAGUUAAAUGGCUGACAUUGCACAAUUGUGCUCUACGAGGACGUGAUGAAAGGUCGACUUCUUCCAAUAGAGGAAAUUGCAUUGAUAUGAUAGAGUUCUUGGCUUCUUGUAAUCCAAACGUGCAUGUAGUUGUUCUACACAAUGCUCCUCAAAAUGCUUCAUAUCAUUUAGGUCAGACCCAAAGAGAGAUUCUUAGUAUUUUUCGUGAUAAAAUACAAAGAUUCAUUUGUGAGGAGAUCAAUGGAGGCAAAUUUUGCAUUCUUGUAGAUGAAUCUCAAGAUGAGUCAAAUAGAGAGCAAAUGGCUAUGGUUUUGAGGUAUGUUGAUAAGGAUGGGAUUGUACGAGAGCGUUUCUUUGACAUAGUUCAUGUAUUGAACACUGCUUCAGCGACUUUGAAAACGGAGAUAUGUAGUGUUCUUGCCCGUCAUAACCUUAGUGUUCAAAAUAUUUGUAGUCAAAGAUACGAUGGUGCUAGUAACAUCCGUGGAAGAUGGAACGGAUUGCAGGCUUUAUUUUUGUAA